UGACUACCAAACAAAUACACAACAAAAUAUUUGAAAGCUCCUCUUGGUUAUUUUAUUCAUAUUGAAAUAAUACGCGAUGUUUAGAGGAGAUAAUUCGCAUUCUUUAAGCUAUGAACAACAAGCCAAAUUUAUACUUGACCGUAUUACAAAUGUGGAAAAGAAUUUCGGCGAACUAUGCGUAGGCUUCGGUGACUAUACAAGAAAAACUGCCAGGCUACGAGAUAUGGGAGAUGAACUUGCUAAAAUAAUUAAGGAAUACGCAAAUAACGAACUUGUAAAUAAGUCUCUUAGUGCCGGAUUAGAUAACUUAUCUUUAACGUUAACAGCUAUUGAAGAAUACAGAAAUUGUGCAGUUCAACGAUUAGAAGCAAAGGUGAUUGGAGAACUAAGUCAAUAUGAAAAUAUUUGUAAGCAUGCGAGAGAAGAAUUAAAACACACAAUGAGUGUUAGGGAAAAGGAAAUGGCAAGAAAAAAGGUUCUAGACAAAGCUCGAGAGAGACAACCAUUCAACCGACAACAGGUGACAUACGCAGAAUCGGAACUUUUAAAAGCGUCCGCGGAAAUGUCCCGUACCGCGAAGGGUUUGAGUGAACUCACAGAGUUCUUUGAACGUCGUAAGUUGCAGCAACUAAAGGGGCUGCUCACGGAUUUCGUGAUGGUCGAGAUGACGUUCCACUCGCGCGCCGUGGAACUGCUCACGGUGGCCUACCGACAAAUUGGUGAUAUAAAUGAUAAGGCUGACUUGGAGAAUUUCAAAAGAAAAUUGCGCUCUCCUGAAAAACCUGUUAGCACUGGAAUAUCAGCAAGAUCGUCAUCACUAGCCUCCUUGAUGAAUCCGCAACUGUCCCCGCAAAAAGAUGAAGAAGAUUCAGUGAAUCUUGGAAGGCUCCGGUCUCCCGAAAAUAAUUUGAAAGCAAGAUCAAGCUCCAUAGCAGCUCUUAUGAAUCACUCAUCGUCUAAAGAUGAGGACGACACUUCGGAGACGGAGGAAUCAGAAGAACAAAGUUCUACGGAAGAAACAGAAUCAAAAUGAAUGUAACAUUUUGUAUUUUAAUACCUACUUACGUACGGUACGACAUAGGAAUAAAUUAAAAAUUUAAGAGA